ACCUUAUGAACUUGUAUUUGGUGGAAUUCUACAUGGAGAUUCUGCAAUUAUAGAUCAGUUAUUCAAAAAUAAUAUUUCUUGUGAAGAUGAAAUUUCCGAUGAAUUUAAUCAAGAAAAUUUUCAAGAAUUAAUUUAUGACUUAGAUGACUUGAUUUAUGAUUCUUUACCUGUAGUUGAGUCUUCAGUAGAUUUGAUUCAAGAUAGUAUCAAUUCGAAUUUAAAUGAUGAUACUGAUACUAAUUUGAAUUUGAAUGAUACCAAUAUUAUACCAGCUAUACUCAUAGUAGAAUCUUCAAGUCAAAAUUCAAGUUUGGAUUCAAAUUUGGAUAAUUUAAUUGAUAAUCAUAAUAAUAUGCCUGUAAUUAAAUCAAGUUUAAUACAAGAUCCGAGUUUGACA